UAGUUGGUCGGCAUAAUCACAUAUUUUACUGUGAUACACCACGGACGAAUAUUUUAUGCAGAUCCCCAGUAAUGUAUACCUUAUUCAAUUCAAUCUGUAACAGAGCUGAUGUAUGUCAUGACAGUCUUAAUAAAAUAUUAAACAUUUACAGGGAGCAAUUGAGAUAAAAUCGUUUUGUUGAUGGUGUCAGUUAUUGUUAUUCUUCAAUUGGAGCACUUUUAUGUUUUUUUU